ACUUUCCAUCCUCAAAAUCUAAAUCCAAAUCCAAACCUUCGUUUCGCUUUCCCUUCUUCCCACCUGGGUUGUUUAUUUACGUUUAUACCCUUCUGGUUAUGCUAGUUCCCGGUCGGCGUAACAAACUCAGCCGAAGCUCCUCCACAGCUCUCGGUUUUCCCCGCCUCGGAUACCUCCGCUACCGCCGUCUAAAGGUAGCCAACAAAAAUAAAAUAUCCCAAAAUUUCUGACAAAUUCCUGUUUCACCCCUGUAUAUAUACAAAUAUUCCAUUUUUCUCCAAUCAGAUAACGUUGAUUUCGAUUUCGAUUUGAUGCCAAGUCCCAAGAACCACAGGAAGGAAAGGCUAGAUAAACGAUCUUCGUCUUUUCACGGUGACAAAGCCAUGCCUACCGCCACAAUCCGCCGUCCGAUAACCGCUCCUGAUCUCGUAUCUUACCGGAACAGCAUGGUUCCGGUAACAGAAGGUCUUCCAAGACAUCCUCCGAAGCUUCUCCUGAAGGUAACCGUUCUCGGAAGCCUCGGUCCUGUUCAGAUACUGCUGAAGCCGGAAUCAACCGUCGGCGAUCUCGUGAACGCGGCGGUUCGGCAGUAUGUUAAGGAAGGCCGCCGUCCGAUUUUACCUUCGAAUGUUGCCUCCGAUUUCGACCUUCACUAUUCACAGUUUAGUUUAGAAAGUUUGUGUAGAGAUGAUAAACUAAUGAAACUUGGAUCUAGAAACUUCUUUAUGUGUCCGAGAAACACUCCCCAUGCGGCGGAGGGUAUUUCUGGAACAAGCAAAGACAGUGGCGUUACGGCGUCGUCUUGUGGCAAAGAGGUUGAUAAUUGUGGUGGUGGCGGAGGUGGUUUUGGGUGGUUCAAACUUCUGCAUUUCAGGCUGUAAUUGGUUAGUUAUAAUGUUUGAUAAAAAUAAAAAAAUUUAUUUUUGUUUGGUUGAAAAAAUUGCCAUAACUUGUAAAAAUAGGUUGGCAAGUAGGGAGUAGUAGGAACAAGGUUUGAGAUUUGGGAGCAUUUGAAGCAAAGCAAAAUUGUAAAAAUUUGCAUGCGUAGUUUUUAACGCAUAGUAAAUGGGUAAUCUUAAACGGUUGAA